AUGACUGUCGGCAUCGGAAGCUCCCGAGUUGUCACUCACGUGCUCACAAACCCCGAUAUCCACCUGGCGGAUGAUGGACGGGCGUGUUCGUUUCUGCCUCCUGAGUCGAGGUGUCCCCGUUGGUCACCACAACACCCCGCGGCUGCGCACCGCCUCGGUUUUGUGGGAGGAUCAAGGGCCCGUGCUUCGGUUAACUUCACAUCUGGCACACACAAGCAUACAGGAACGCUUUUCUGUUGUUUUUUCCUUCAUAAAAUAUUGUUAGUCACCGCUCCCCCCUACCUUCCCACACUGCCCAAUUAUCCAGUAACUGAUGCGUCGUCGCCGCCGCCGCCACCUUCUCAUUCCACCUCCCCCCGCUGGAUGAUGACCCAAUGGUGGAGCACCACCCUGCUUGCCUACGCGGCGCUGGGGUGCGCCUGUCAGAUCACCACGUCAAUCAUUCGCAACUCCCGUCAUCCCAAUGUGACUAAAGACAAGGCUCGCAAUGUGGCGUUUUACUUGGUGCUGGCCAAGGAAAUUGAUGCAUUUCUGAAUGAGGCCACACUGGACACUUGUUCGGCCCAAUUAACCUCCUGUGGAGUGAGUAAACACGAGUGGGCGGUGGUACUGUUAAGACGCGAGCAGAAUCGACAACGAUGCAAGGGGCUGAUAUCGACCCGAGAGGAGUCUCAGGUGUGCCGGUUGCACGCCGCCGAUUCGCUGGGGGGUGGCGGUGGCGGCGGCGUCAUGCUGGUGUGGUUUCAGAACCGCCGGGCAAAGCACCGAAAACAAGAGAAGCAACUUGUUAAGGAGCAACAGCGAGUUCAAGUCCAGCAGCAGCAGGCCCAUGCACUGGCCCUGCAGCACCAACAACAACAGCAGGCUGUCCAGCAUCACUUUUCCGCCCCCAACUAUCACCAGCUUGGUUCAGUGCUUGAGAGCCAGGUCGGCAUGUAUCGACCUGCAGCAACCGCCACGAACGCUUAUGCCACGGCAAAUCCAUCGGCCAUCUACCCAUUCUCGUAUACUCCCACUACAGGCUUCGUCGAGCCCUUUCCCCCGGCAUCUCUCUUUGCCAACCUUGAGAAGAAGCAGGAGAGCAUGGAAGAGAACAAGGCGAAGAGAGAGUCCACCUCAACAGCUGGAGAACUUCCGACAUCUUCCCCAAAAGAGUCGAUGAUUAUAAAGAAGGAAAGCGCCCAUGUUGAUAACGGGUCAAUAACUCACCUCGACCAGGAGGAUGAAGACGACGGUGACGAUGGGGGCGGAAGUGAAGAAGACGAAGAAGACGACGAGGAAGACGGGGAGCCGAGUUCACCGAAAGUCGCGAGGCUCGAGAACUGGUCCCCCACAGAGCACAAGGCCGAUGGUGCCAUAGUAGAGGUCAAAUCCGUGUCCGCAACUCACCCAUCUCAAGUAGAGGUCUCCAGCUACAUGACACCACAAUGCUUCCCCACGAAUUCCCUCACGGAGCUCCCAGCUGCGCAAAUGGUGUCCUAUCACUUCUGCGGCCAGUUUACCCCCCAUUACUCGCAUAUGGCACCGCCACCACCACCACCACCCCCUCCCUCACACACACCAGGUCAUCAUCAUCAUCAUCCGAUUUACACCAAUCUGGUCAGUGACACUCUUGAGGCAGCUGCCGCCAAUACCAACACCACUGCCGCCAUUCAGUUUCCGCCGCCCCCUAGCGUCGAGAAUUCCAUCGCCUCGGUAAAGGGUCAAACUAUCUCCGUCGUGGCGAGUCAGUGGCAGCAUAUGUUGGGAUGGAGGUCCGAGCAAGAACACUUGAGUUCUCGUUAUGAUGAGGACGAUUUCGAGACAACGGCCGACCCAGCUGAAUGGUUCCGACACACCAAUGGAACGCCAGUGCCCAUUCAAGCUGCCGCCGCUGCUGCGGUGGCCUACGGGGCUCCGAUGGGCAGUGCUUUUCUCCACCCCCACAUCUGA